AUGGCUGAAAGCAGUGUUGUUCCACUCCUUGAGAUACGUGACGAGUUCAUCACGUGUGAGAUUUGUUUGGAGUAUUUUGAUGAUCAGGACAUAUCUCCACGUAUCUUGCCGUGCUUCCACAGUUUCUGCUGCCGAUGUCUGGAGUCGAUUUGGGAGAAGUCACCAGCUGGUGUGAGAUGUCCCAACUGUCGAGACCAUGAGAUACUGGAUCUCAAAGAUGUAUAUGAAGCAAAGAUAGACCACAUGAAAACAUCACUGAAAGAUAUUCAAACUUCAUCAGACAGAGCACAGAAGUAUACAUCAAGACUUUCUGAACAAAAUGCAACUCUAGAUUCGAUGAAAGAAAAUAAUUGUAAAUAUAUUGAUGAUUCCUAUGAAGAGAUUAUUCAAAAGUUGUCUGAGAAAAGAAAGCAGAUGAAAGAAGAUAUCAUUUCAAACAUAGACAAACAAAAAGCUGACAGAGACGAGCACAUGAAGUUGGUUGAACAGUCAGAAGUCCUCAAGGUGGACCAUGUUCUGCACUGUAAGCAAGCCGUGCAAUUCGCACGAGCUGCUGACUUUAUAGAAAUGGCUCCGACCCUUGAAGACAAACUUCGCUCUGUGAUGGAAGGUACGGAACUGGUUGAUAUUCCUAUACAAGAGGUUACCAUCGAUGACACGUUCAAGCAGAUAGAGAAAAUUAUCGAGAAAACUGGUGUAAUAUGGAAUGGAAUUAUUUUCAACAAUAACAACUCGGGUAUGGAAUUUGAUAUUUGUUAA